AUGCCAAGGACUACUUGGAAGGAAAAUAAAUUUGAUACUAUUUUAGAAGUUGAAGAAUAAUAAGAAGAUAAAAAAAUAAUUGAAAAUGAUUUAGAAAGUAUGGGACCAUUAUUUUAUGCUGAAAAGAAAUUAUAAGAAAGUUUAUUAGAUAUUGAAAAGAUAAUUAAAGAAGAAGCAAUUAAAAUUUAUGCAGAUAAAUAAAAAUUCUUAACUGGAACUGAUAAAAUUCCAGAUUAUCUUAGAGCAUAUAUUGAGAAUAUGUAAAGGAAUAUGAAUGAAUUUAGAAUAUAAUCAAUUAGAGAACUUAGGAAUGCUUGUGAAGAAUUAUCAGAAAUGUCACCAAAAAUUAGUGAGAUGAUAUUAUUAUCAAAUCAUUAAAGAUGGAUAUUCACAUUAUCAUUAAUAAAUACUAAUUUAUGGAAUGAAUUAUAAAAGGAAUAAAAUAAAUAAGAGAAUCUUAAAAAAUUACAUUAAAAAUUAUUAAGACCUAAUUUAGGAAAUCCAUAAUUAAAAGAAGAAUUAGAAGAUUUAAAAUAAAAAGAAUCAAANUAAAAAAUAAUUUAUAAUCAGCAACAACUUUAGCCAAAUUAUAAGGAAUUCAAAAUACUGUUAAAGAGAACUAUUUUAAAUUUGGAGAAAGUAAUAUUGUUAAUUUAUAAUAGAAAUUAAUGAUUUAGAAUAAAAAUUAAGUUAUUUGGCAAAUUAAGAAUUGGAUGUAUUAUUAUAAAAAAAUAAAGAUUUUAUGAGAGAUUGCAAACCAAAUGAAUAUUUUAAAGAAGAAUUAGAAUGGUAUCAAUAAAUGAUGGAUGAACAUAAUGCUACAAUUGUUAAACAUAAAGAGAAAAGAACAUAAAGAUUAGAAGAAAUUAAAAAAGUAUUGACAGCUAAAAAAUAAGAAUAAUUGGAUAAAUUUGAAUAAGAAUAUAUAAUAGCAGUUGAAGAUUUAGCAGCUAAAGAUGGUACUGGAAAGAAAUAUGGAAGACCUAAAAGAAUAGCUUAAGAAAAAUUAAGAACAGAAAUGACUAAAUGUGAAAAAGCAUAAGAAUGUAUCAAUUUGAAAAUACAAGAAUUGAAAGAUCAUUAUGAUUUAUUCAAAAAUAAAUAAGGUGAUUAUUUUGCUAAUCUUGAACCAUCAUUUUCUAUAAAAAUUAGAAAAAUAUUGAGUGGAACCUUAAUUUGUAUCAAAAGAUAUGCAAAUCAUAUUGAAGCACUUAAACCAGAUAAUAAAGUUGUAGAUAUGCCAAGGACUACUUGGAAGGAAAAUAAAUUUGAUACUAUUUUAGAAGUUGAAGAAUAAUAAGAAGAUAAAAAAAUAAUUGAAAAUGAUUUAGAAAGUAUGGGACCAUUAUUUUAUGCUGAAAAGAAAUUAUAAGAAAGUUUAUUAGAUAUUGAAAAGAUAAUUAAAGAAGAAGCAAUUAAAAUUUAUGCAGAUAAAUAAAAAUUCUUAACUGGAACUGAUAAAAUUCCAGAUUAUCUUAGAGCAUAUAUUGAGAAUAUGUAAAGGAAUAUGAAUGAAUUUAGAAUAUAAUCAAUUAGAGAACUUAGGAAUGCUUGUGAAGAAUUAUCAGAAAUGUCACCAAAAAUUAGUGAGAUGAUAUUAUUAUCAAAUCAUUAAAGAUGGAUAUUCACAUUAUCAUUAAUAAAUACUAAUUUAUGGAAUGAAUUAUAAAAGGAAUAAAAUAAAUAAGAGAAUCUUAAAAAAUUACAUUAAAAAUUAUUAAGACCUAAUUUAGGAAAUCCAUAAUUAAAAGAAGAAUUAGAAGAUUUAAAAUAAAAAGAAUCAAAAAGAUUAUCUGAUUUUUUGGGAUUAUUAUCAAAAUAUUAAGUAACUCUUUUUGAUGAAAAUUUCAAUUAAGGAGACAAAUAUUUGAAAGCUGCAAAUUAAAAUUUUGAAUUUUUAUUACUUUUUUAUGAUUCACUCUUAUUAUUUGAAGAUUUUAUUAAAUUACCUGGAGAUGAAUAAAUAUAAAAAAAACAUUAAAAUUUGAAAGUCUCUUUGAGAUAAAAGUAGAGUGGUUAAAUAAUAGAUACAAAUUCAGAAAGAUCUCUAAGUAAAACUUGGGAAGGUGUUCAAUUGGAAAUGUUUACUAUAGGAGAUAGAAUAAUAUAAUAUAAUUGGCAAAUCAAUUAAGUAGUAAAAGUAGAUCCAAAGGAUGCAAAGAAUAAAGCUCCAGAAGCUAAGAAACCUGCACCAGGAGGAAAACAAUAAGAGACUGAAAAACCUGUUUAGACUACUACAACGUAUUUUAUUUUAAUAAAUUUAGACCAUUAAAAUCAUUUAAAACAUUUAGAUAAAUAUCAGCCAAACAUGAAUUCUUUAAAUCAAUAAAUGAAUUUGUUAUUGAAUACAAGAAAUAAGUAGAUUAUGCGAAAGAUUAAAUAAAAUUACUUAGUGAAAGAGAGUUAAAGUUCUAAUUUAAAUGGGAAUAAAGUAUUGCUUCUUUGUGA